CCCGGCUUGUAUGUUGGUCCUUUACAGUCGCACUCGCUCUCGAGGACCAUGUGGUUUUCUCCAAGGAGAGGUCGUCUCCCCUCGCAGAACUGGCCCGGUGCCCGCAGCUGCACCACUAUCAACGUGUCCUUGUGGGUGUUGAGUUUUUGUUGGUGCUUUCCGGCCGUGAGAGGUCAGAACUACCACCCCACUGUGAACACGCAGUAUGGGAAACUGCGAGGGGUGAGGGUGCCCCUGCCCAGUGAGAUUCUUGGGCCCGUGGACCAGUAUCUGGGGGUUCCAUACGCCGCCUCCCCAGUGGGAGAAAAACGCUUCUUGCCCCCGGAGCCUCCUUCCUCCUGGUCAGGGAUCAAGAACGCCACUCACUUUGCUCCCGUCUGCCCCCAAAAUAUCCACAACGCUGUGCCGGAGAUCAUGAUGCCUAUAUGGUUCACCUUCAACCUGGAUAUAGUUACUACGUACAUACAGGAUCAACACGAGGAUUGUCUUUAUCUAAACAUCUAUGUUCCAACAGAGGAUGACAUACGAGACACCGGGGCCAAGCCUGUGAUGGUGUACAUCCACGGAGGAUCCUACAUGGAGGGGACGGGCAACAUGAUCGAUGGGAGCGUCCUGGCCAGCUACGGAAAUGUCAUCGUUAUCACUCUCAACUACCGCGUCGGUGUCCUCGGCUUCCUCAGUACUGGUGACCAGGCUGCUAAAGGGAACUACGGGCUCCUGGACCAGAUCCAGGCUUUAAGGUGGAUCAGCGAGAACAUCGGCUUCUUCGGAGGAGACUCCAACCGCAUCACUGUGUUCGGUUCUGGCAUCGGGGCUUCCUGCGUCAGCCUGCUCACCCUCUCCCACCACUCUGAAGGUCUGUUCCACAGAGCCAUCAUUCAGAGCGGGUCAGCCCUCUCCAGCUGGGCGGUGAACUACCAGCCGGUCAAGUAUACACGUCUCCUGGCGGAGAAGGUGGGCUGUAAUGUCCUGGACACCUUAGACAUGGUGGACUGUCUGAGGAAGAAGAGCUCCAGGGAGCUGGUGGAGCAGGACAUCCAACCAGCGAGGUACCACGUGGCCUUUGGACCUGUAAUAGAUGGGGAUGUUAUCCCUGACGACCCCGAGAUCCUGAUGGAGCAGGGCGAGUUCCUCAACUACGACAUCAUGCUGGGGGUCAACCAGGGCGAGGGGCUACGGUUUGUCGAGAACGUGGUGGAUUCAGAGGACGGCGUGUCCGGAAAUGACUUUGACUUCUCCGUGUCAGACUUUGUGGACAGUCUGUACGGGUACCCGGAGGGCAAGGACACGUUGAGGGAGACCAUUAAGUUCAUGUACACCGACUGGGCAGACAGAGACAAUCCAGAGACCAGGCGCAAGACGCUGGUGGCUUUGUUCACCGACCACCAGUGGGUGGAGCCUUCGGUGGUGACGGCUGAUCUCCACGCUCGCUACGGCUCACCCACCUACUUCUACGCCUUUUAUCACCACUGCCAGAGCCUGAUGAAGCCAGCCUGGUCCGACGCCGCCCACGGGGACGAGGUGCCCUAUGUUUUCGGUAUCCCUAUGAUUGGUCCCACAGAUCUUUUCCCCUGUAACUUCUCAAAGAAUGAUGUCAUGCUCAGUGCUGUGGUCAUGACCUAUUGGACCAACUUUGCCAAGACUGGGGAUCCCAACAAGCCAGUUCCCCAAGACACCAAGUUCAUCCACACCAAGGCCAACCGCUUUGAAGAGGUGGCCUGGUCCAAGUACAACCCACAGGACCAGCUCUACCUGCAUAUCGGCCUGAAGCCACGCGUGCGUGACCACUACCGCGCCACCAAAGUGGCCUUCUGGAAGCACCUAGUGCCCCACCUGUACAACCUUCACGACAUGUUCCACUACACCUCCACCACCACCAAAGUGCCGCCGCCGGAGACCACCCAGAACACCUUGUCCACCAAGAAAACCUCCUGGCCGUUCAACACCAAGCGACCUCCCAUGUCCCCGGCCUACAACAGUGAGGACAAAGACUCUUGGAGUGACGACGAGGAGACGGGGCCGCUAGUGGUGGAGAACCAACGGGAUUACUCCACAGAGCUCAGCGUCACUAUCGCCGUGGGAGCCUCGCUGCUGUUCCUCAAUGUGCUGGCUUUCGCAGCCCUCUACUACCGCAAGGACAAGCGGCGGCAGGACUCCGGCCACGGGCAGCCCAGCCCGCAACGCCAGACCACCUCCAACGACAUUGGUCACCACGCGCCCGAGGAGGAGAUCAUGUCGCUGCAGAUGAACCAGACUCACCAUGAGUGCGAGGCGGGGAACAGCAACGAGGGGGCACUGCGCUUGGCCUCGCUGCCCGACUACACGCUUACUCUGCGGCGCUCUCCGGACGACAUUCCCCUCAUGACCCCCAACACCAUCACCAUGAUCCCCAAUUCCCUGGUGGGUAUGCCCAAUCUGCACCCUUACAACACCUUCACAACCGGCUUCAACUCCACUGGCCUGCCGCACUCCCACUCAACCACCCGCGUAUAG